UGACAUUCUCACUCAGCCGUCUUCCUCAUCUCCCUAAUGUCGCAGUAAUCUGUUUUCUAAGGACCAUUUUCCAUUUCUGCUUGGGGAUCCAGCGAGCGUUGCGUCGCGUUGCGUUCGUACAUUUUCGAAAUGCCGGCUCUUCAGCGUAUCUUCGUGAAGGCGUACUGGUCUCUAGCGGGUGUCGGUAUUGCCUGGGCUACCUUCGUACUCCUGCUAAUCAACCCGACGAUUCAACGGCAUGCUCUGUACUCGCAUAAACUAAAUACUAAUUUCUGGCACAAUGUCUCCACGCCUGAGGCUUUUGGCUUCGCAAAGGGUCAGGUCCAACCCUUCUGGCUUGAUACAGCGGAUGGCGAGAAGCUGUUUUGCUGGCAUGUGCUUCCUCUAGAUGUUUAUCUGCAGAAUGAGUACGAGCUAGUCAAGGCUGCUACGACGGGCGAGGUUUUCGAAGAAUUAAAGGGUACUGUGGGAGAGAAGUUGAUGCGAAGAGAUGGAGAUAGUAGGGUUGUGGUCAAUUUCCAUGGAAACGCAGGCCACAUAGCCCAAGGCUGGCGCCCCUCAACCUACCGCUCCAUAUCCGGAAUCCCAAACACUCACCUACUGACCUGCGACUACCGAGGCUACGGUCAAUCAACACUGAAGAACGCGCCACACACCCCCACUGAGACCGGACUAAUCACAGACGCCAUCUCCCUCUUGUCCUACAUCCAGUCCGAUCUAAAGCACCCAUCAACCCGCACCGUCCUCCUAGGCCAAAGUCUCGGAACAGCAGUAACAGCCGCAACCGCCCUAUACUUCGCGGACCCCACCUCUUCCGACCUCCCCACGGACAUCGUACACCCCAAACCCCACGCACAAAGCAAAAAGUUCGAAGGCUUCGCAGGCAUAGUCCUAGUAGCCCCCUUCCGCGACCUCCCCUCCCUGCUCAAAACGUACAAAAUAGCCGGCUUCUUCCCCAUCUUGCGGCCCCUCCUCGGAUACCCCAGGAUCCUAGACUGGGUCUCGACAAAGAUAGUAGAUACGUGGCCGACGCAGUUCCGCCUCCAGGCUCUGCUGUCCCAUUCCCUUGUCACGCCCCAUCAGUCCCUCCAUAUGACCCUUCUGCACGCCCGCAACGAUGGCGAUAUUUCGUUCCGCGAGUCGGAGGCGCUGUUCGAGCCGUUGCAGUCGCUGAUGUUGGCGGAGGAGGGCGCUAGUGCGACAGAGGAGCGGCGGAGUAUUCAUGGGGGGGAGCGCGUUCGACGCGGGGCUUUUGCGUAUAAGAAGGUGGAAGAUGCGAGGGGUGAGAGGGUGGUGGAGCUUGAAGUGGUGAGGUUCGGUGGGCAUAAUGAGGUAGUGGGGUGGACGCAGGUUAGUCUUGCGAUUCGCAGGGCGUUUGAGAGGAAGAGUUUGAGGCCUGGGCUGGAUGUUGAGUAGGCCUCAGUGUGGAAGAAGGCCGUUGAGGUUGGGUUGAGCCGAAGUGUGAUGCCUUUCAUUGUAGAGUAGUGUCGGUUUGAUUUCGUACCCUUCUACAAAGAUUUAGUGCAAGUAAGGCAAUGUAUAGCGAGAAAUGAAGUAAUUGUUUGAGGGG